CUCUCAUCCACGAGUGUUGAGCAAUGAGCGCGGUCACGUGAUGGAGUGUUGAUCAGCUGCUCGUGAUCACAUGACUCGAUCUCUCAGCUGAGCAGCAGCAGCAGCAGCAUGGCAUCUUCAAAGCAGAAGGCAGUGUAUUGGCUGGGAAACGAUACUCUGAGGGUAUCGGCCGACCUGUUUGCAGAAAACCGAGAGCGUUUGUGUCGAGGCCUGAAAGCUGAGAAGGAUGUUCCAGCUGGAUCUGUGGUGCUUCUUCAGGGAGGAGAACAGAAGCAGAGAUACUGCACCGACACCGACGUGCUCUUCAGACAGGAGUCGUUUUUCCACUGGACCUUCGGUGUGACAGAGGCCGACUGCUACGGCGCCAUCGACGUCAACUCCAAGAAAUCCUUCCUGUUUGUUCCCAAGCUGCCGGAGAGCUACGCCACAUGGAUGGGCGAGAUCUACCCACGUGAACACUUCAAGGAGAAAUAUGCCGUCAAUGAGGUGCAUUACACCACUGACAUUGCUGAUGUGCUGACUAAAAUGAAGCCGAGUGUCCUGCUCACACUGCGGGGAGUGAACACCGAUAGCGGCAGCACCUGUCGCGAAGCGUCCUUUGAAGGCAUCAGCCAGUUUCAGGUGAAUAAUUCCCUGCUGCACCCGGUUAUUGUGGAGUGUCGUUUGCUGAAGACUGACAUGGAGCUGGAAGUUCUGCGCUACACCAACCGCAUUUCCAGCGACGCCCACAAAGAGGUGAUGAAACGUGUGAAGCCGGGCGUGAAAGAGUAUGAGAUGGAGAGUCUGUUCCAGCAUUACUGUUAUGCUCGUGGAGGGAUGCGACACACAUCAUACACCUGCAUCUGUGGAAGUGGGAAUAACUCCUCCGUCCUGCAUUACGGACACGCCGGGGCUCCCAAUGACAAAACCAUUCAGGAUGGAGACAUGUGUCUGUUUGACAUGGGCGGUGAGUAUUACUGCUACUCCUCUGACAUCACCUGCUCUUUCCCGGUCAACGGCAAGUUCACCGCAGACCAGAGAGCCAUUUAUGAAGCUGUGCUGAAGUCUUCCAGAGCUGUGCUGGCUGCCAUUAAACCAGGUGUGAAGUGGACAGACAUGCAUCGUCUGGCUGACCGGGUUCACCUGGAGGAGCUGGUGAAGAUCGGGAUCCUGCGUGGGAGCGUGGAGGAGAUGCUGAAGGUUCACCUGGGAGCUGUGUUCAUGCCGCACGGUCUGGGUCACCUGCUGGGCAUCGACGUCCACGACGUGGGAGGAUAUCCAGAGGGCAUCGAGCGCAUUGACGAGCCGGGGCUGAAGAGUCUGCGGAUGGGCCGUGUGGUGCAGGAGCGCAUGGUCCUCACGGUGGAGCCGGGAAUCUAUUUCAUCAACCACCUGCUGGAUAACGCGCUCAGCUCACCGGCGCAGUGCGGCUUCAUCAAUAACGACGUCCUGACGCGCUUCCGCAGCUUCGGCGGGGUGCGUAUCGAGGAUGAUAUCGCAGUGACGGCUGACGGCAUGGAGCUGCUGACCUGCGUUCCUCGAACUGUGGACGAAAUCGAGGCCUUUAUGGCAGGUGAAACGUCCAAACCCUUCAGUCCCAUCAGCAGCCAGAAAUUCUGAAGAGAUGAUGAUGACGACGAUGAUGACGAUGACAACAACAACACUCCUUUUCUUCAACAUAUCAGACUUAAACCUGCAUCUAACUGAAGGAAUAUCUUUGAUAUUUCACUCUAUAAAGGGAAAUCAAUCACAUGACAGCUAUUGUUUGACUUCUCUGAUGUAAGUCAGCAAAUUAAAUUGCAGGAUCAUAUAUGCUUUCAUGUAGCAGCCGUGUAACAGUAUGUGCUUUCAUUUUCAGAGUUUCAUAUUCUUAAUAAAAGCAACUCUGAACUUUGUUUAGCCUGAAUUAAUUAAUUUGCAUUAUAUUCUGUACUCUUUUUGCAAGUUUGUAAGACAAAUGCUUAUUUUGUUUGCAAUGCUUAUUUUUAAUAAAGGUGUGAUUUUUCUAGCA